GGUCUGUCCUUCUCCUUUCUUAGAUGCAUCCCCUGGGACUCUGCAAUAGCAAUGAUGAAGAAGACUUAUAUGAAUACGGAUGGGUCGGGGUCGUGAAGCUGGAGCAGCCCGAGCUGGAACCCAAGCCGUGUCUCACUGUUCUGGGCAAGGCCAAGCGGGCAGUUCAAAGAGGAGCCACAGCUGUCAUUUUUGAUGUGUCCGAAAAUCCAGAUGCCAUUGAUCAGCUGAACCAGGGCUUGGAAGAUCCACUGAGAAGACCAGUUGUUUACGUGAAGGGGGCAGAUGCAGUCAAGCUGAUGAACAUUGUUAACAAACAGAAAGUCGCACGGGCCAGAAUCCAGCACCGUCCGCCACCACAACCUACCGAAUACUUCGACAUGGGGAUUUUCUUGGCGUUUUUUGUGGUGGUCUCUCUUGUUUGCCUUGUUCUCCUAAUCAAGAUCAAGCUGAAGCAGCGCCGCAGCCAGAAUUCCAUGAAUAGGCUUGCUGUGCAGGCACUGGAAAAGAUGGAGACUCGGAAGUUCAAAUCCAAGCUGAAAGGGCCCUGUGAAGGCAGCUGCGGUGCCCUGGACACCCUUAGCAGCGGGUCUACCUCGGACUGUGCCAUUUGCCUGGAGAAGUACACGGAUGGGGAGGAGCUCCGUGUGAUUCCCUGCACCCAUCGGUUCCACAGGAAGUGCGUGGAUCCUUGGCUUCUGCAGCACCACACUUGCCCCCACUGCCGCCACAACAUCAUUGAGCAGAAGAAGGGAAAUCUGGCGUGCGAGGAAAUGGCUAACCAGUUACGCGGCCGGCAGCAGCAGCGCAUGAUCCUGCCUGUUCGCUUCUCUGGCCGAGCACACAGAGGUGGUCAGGUCGCUGCCUACCCCACGCGCACCAGCAUGGAUCACCACGGGAAUCCCAUCACUGUCUUGACAGUCGACCAGCACGGAGAGACCCCAGCCUUCUUCCGAAGCUACCCGCCCAUCCUCCGCCUGGAGCCCCACCCAGGCGCGGCAGAGCGCCAGCCCUGCCCAAUGCCUCGCCCUCUUCAGAGGCCGAAGUUCAGUGGCGACCCCUUCUCCAAGCCGGCUUGCUUCUCCCAGUACGAGACCAUGUUUCGGCACUACUGCUUCCAAGGCCUUAGCUACCCUGAGCACCAGAGUGGGCAGUUCCCCCUGAACUUGGCUGCCAAGGGCCCCUCCCGUACCUUCCAGCCUCUUGGCAGCCAUGGGCUCUUCCCCCCCGUGGCCCCCGCGGCCCCUUCCUCCCAGCCGGAGAGUGGCAGCGCUUCCGGCUUCAGCUGCUAUCACAGCCACCGCUCUGUCUGCAGCGGCUCCCUGGCCGACGGCCCUGGCAGCGACAGCAGCAGCAGUGGCGGCGGCCGCUCUGCCCAGUGCCACUGCUCCUCCAGCGACUCGGUGGUGGACUGCACAGAGGUCAGCAACCAGGGAAUCUACGGGAGCUGUUCCACCUUCCGCAGCUCGCUGAGCAGUGACUACGACCCCUACAUCUACCGCAGCAAAAGCCCCUGCCGGGGGGCUGAGAAGAACAAGGCCCUCCAUGGGGAGGGGGCACUUCUGGAAGGCUCCUCCGCACUGCACCCGGUGGCAGGCAAGAGCCAGUCUGGGCCAGCCACCGCAGCGGGGGACCAGCUAUCUGACUGCAGCCUUGAAAUGAAUUGCAGCAGCAGUAGCAGCAGCAGCCGCUCUUCGCUGGAGCAGAAGGAAUUCACCCGCAGCCUCUCUGAGCGAGGAGGCCCAGGAGUGUUUCCCGAGAGCGCUGGAGAAACUGGUCGGACUGUUAGGGAGCCUCGUGAGCGAGCGUGUGCCUGCUGCUCGGAGGCACAAGGUGCCCCAUGGGAAUUGCUGGGUAGGGCAGCCGGGGGCAGCAGCGUGCUGCUUCGGGGCACACCUCUUUGGACACAGUGCGGCUCUGUGUGGGAGCCCCAGGCAGGGAGAAGUCAGGGUCUGGUCAGUGUUAGGAUACAGGGGGUCCCGCGUGAGGCCUUGCCCUGCUGCUUCUACGAGGAGAAGCGGGUGGCCAGCGGUAGCCCCAUCCGGCCAGCCCAGUACAUGGAAGACUGUGAGGUGAAUGUUCGGUAUGUGUGUGCGGAGGACCCCUUGCCAGGCUGCUAUCCAGGCCUACGUGACGUGGGCCAGUGCAUUGCUAUUAUUCCCGAGGACCGGGACUCCGAGCUGGUGCUCCCGGCAGAUUGCGACAGUGGCGGCAGCCCUCGGGAGGGGCCGCGUGGAACAGCAGUCCCUAGCCAGGCCCGGGGGCCUCCCGCAAAGGCGUUUGGCGAGUCACGAGAGAUAUGGCAAGAAGGGUCAGGCCCGCCGGUUGUGGGCUUCCCGCAGGAGGAGUCCAGUGGGCUCUUUUCCAGCCCUCCGCAAAGUUGUUUGGAGGCAGCAGCUGCUGGAGAAGGCCCCCAGACUUUGGGUAAGUCGGCAGCACCAUCGUGGCUGGAGGCAGGGUGGGAGGGGCAGGGAGGAAAGGGAGGCUCCUUCGUCCGGCUGAGCCCAGGCCCCCUCAGCUGCUGGCGAAAUGCCUCCUGAGGGCUAUGGGGGCACUGGCCUGAGCUUGUUCCGUCCAAGUUUGGGAUCCCACGAGCCUUGGAGCUGCAUCGGCGGCAGCGGGAACGGCCUUGGGAGCAGCCGCUUGCGUUCGGUGCUGAAGUGGCACAAGAUCUGCGCCCCUGCCCUGAAGGCGCCCGGAUAUGGGACGCUUGGCUGAGACUCAGGAACAGUCUCAUUUUUUCAGGCUGCUGUUCCCCAGGGCAGUGUCAGGUUGGGGACUAAUAAGAAGAGGACGGACUGGAUGCGGCUGUGUUUCUGCUGGACUCCAGAGCCCUCUUUUGUUUGCGUUGACUCGUGACGGGAGUAACCUGGAGAAACUCGGGCUACGUGCCGCUGCCUGAGGCGCAGAGCAUCUUUGGCAAACCACGGUGUCACCCGCUGCCGCUGCCUGGGGACAAGAGGCCCAGCUGCAUAGCUGGCUCAUGCGGUGCGCCCUCCUUCUGCGCCAGGGGAUCCGGCCUGCCUUAGAAAAGAAACGGCACUUUGAAAUAAACGGAGUCCGAGGGGCAGAGGCUGCCUGUCCAUUCGUGUGGAAAGGCAGACCCUCUCCCUAAGUCUGACUGCGAUGGGUGGAAAUAGGCCUGAGCAGAGGCCCAAUUCCAGCAGUGCCUUCUGCCCCCCAGUGCUGCAGGUGCCGUGGGCUCUGCCUGAGCCCCGCGGCACCUGCCUGCUUGCUCUGGUUGAGAGCCUCGGCCGGGGAUCCCUCCCUGCCACUCCGGGGUUCAAGUGUGCUGCCGCCUCCUUCCCCUUGUUAAUAGUUUCCUAUGGAAACAUCCCUUCUGGCUGCUGCAGCCACAGCUGCGUGGUUUCCUAAGGCAUGCCCUCCGUGCGGCUGAGACCGUGGCAGUUGCCGCGUUUUGGCGUCUCUGGAUGCUAUUCCUGUCCUUCUCUGUGCCCGACUGGAGAUAUGGGCAGAGGGCUUUUUUUGUUUAAAACAUAGAAGGUGCCUAGAUUCCCCCCCCUCCCCGGGUUUAAUUGGUUAAUAUGUUGGGAUGAGCAAAGGUACUGAACUUUUCAUUUUCUGCCCAGUUUAUGAAAAAGGGGAAGAUUUUGUAAUGAAAAGACCCAAGAAUCAUACCUGUUAAUAAUUUCAUAAUUAUUAGUUUAUUGUAGUAGACUGACAUGAUGAAAUUCUUUUCUGAGCUUCAGUACUUCUUGUUCUAACCCUGUGUGUGUUUGUGCCCAUGUCAGUAUUGCGUGUUUUCCCCUCAGCAGCCCUAAUCUUGUGGCCUCUGAUCACACGGAGGCAACAUUUCUGAGGCUUUGAAGAGUAUGUGGCCCUCAAGCAGGAAGCCCUCUCCUUCCAUCCUUUAUCAAGACCUCUCUUACUGCUUCAGAAAUCUUUCUCCUCAUUGCCACUACAUAAAAUAUAUUUUACUUCUGCUUCUGUGUCCCUUCCUUGUUAUUUACUUCAGUUGGUGGACAGUGUAGUAGGGGCUCCUUUUGCGACAGUCGUUUCCAUCUGUUCCAUGUCCCUCAUUUGUGUUUUUGGAAAUAUUUUUCUAAAGUUUCUGCCUGAUUUAACUUUUCUACCCAAGUCCUACAUAAAUAGUGGUUCCAUUUACGUACGUCCCUGGAUAAGGGCAUGAGAUAUCUUCAAGCAUAUGGCGCCAUCUCCCUGAGCAGCACCUCCAGAAGCGCGAUCCUAGGCACGAAACAUCCAGAUUCUCAAGACCCAUCCGGUUGUCUAGUUACCGUAUCAGCCUUGGCUACACUUCAUGGAACAGCUGAUCUUGAGGACGGUGGUUCUCAGGUGUGUUUCACAGCCCACCUUGGCUGGAGCACUGAGUGAUUUAACUCGCGCUGUGAAACCUGCUCGGGCAUCCCAAGAGUUUGCCUGAGUUUGCGUUUCUCCUGCAGUUCCUGGUUAGGUUUGCAGCCUGUGGGGGGUGAUUCCUAGAUGCUAACCAGCUGCCCUCUGGUUCAGCUGGUAUUCCCCAGUCCUGAUGGUCUCAAUGUACCUGCCCCCCUCUCCCGCUCACUGUGCUGCAGCCUUGCUACUUUAGUGCCUUCUCCCCACCUUUGGUCUUAACACACGUGGUGUGGAAGCAGCCAACGUGAUGGUGCCUGGUCUUUGUAGGUGGCCUGGGGGAGCAGCUUUUGCAUGGUGGCAAGCUAUAGCUGGCUUCCUGGACCCGCUGCAGAAGAGAAGCAGCCUUUUGGCUGGGGAAGAGGCUCAGAGUAGAAAUGUGAAGGGGAGGCAAAGUCUUCCCAUUUCCAUGUUUUAGGCUUCAGGGGUUGAAGAGUGGAAAUGAGAGAGAUUUGCCUGCCAGAGGUUUCCAAUCCCCAUCUCUCCCCUCAUUUUUCAUUUCUGAGAAAAAAGGCUGAAAAUUGGCCAUUUUGCAGGUUAAUGUUGGGGGCACAGUCUUGUAGUGCUGAGGUCCUAUAUGCGGGCUGCAGGCUCUGAAUUGCUUGCUAGGAUUGGUGCCUGGCAUACACACUGUGGAUGCUUUUAACACUGGCAUUUUCUAGUCCUUGCAGUUAGGGUUAGCCAACUUACAUUUCGACUCUUAUCGGAUACCUGGCACACAGUGCAGGAGCCGUGUUUCUUUGCUGGGGUCUGCACGGUUAAUUCUAUCCAGGCUGAAGACACAUAGAAUCACAGUGGGAAGCAGCUGUUUGAGCUCCUGAGUCCCAACUCCCUGCUCAGUGCAGGGAUCUGGAUUAAGCAUCCCAGACAGAUGGCUGUCUAGUCUAUGUUUGGACACAUUCAAUAUAGGGGAGUCCUCUACUCCCUCACUGGGUGGUUGAUUUCGCUAUCAAAUUGUUUUUGCUAUUAGGACUUUUUCUUAGUCCCUCAAAUCAACCUUCCUGUAACUUAAAUCCAUUAUUUUCUGUCCAGCACUCUGAGACGAAAGAUAAAUGGUUGUGAACUUUUCCUUCGUGAUACUCUUCUGUUGCUGUAUCGAUCAUCUUUUCUAAAGGCCAAGCAUACCCAGCUUCUUCAACCUCUCUUCAUAAGGGUUAGAGGUUUUUUUAAAAAGUUUUUCUUUAUCCCACCUUUAUUAUUUUUAGGCAAACAUACUUAAUACUCCUUCCUCCU